CAGUACAGCCCAGACAACGUGGCCGGAGCGGACGGAGCCCUCGACCCCACGGAAAUCACCUUCCCCGGCUGCUCCUGCCUCACCUGUGCAGUUCCUGCGUGUUCGUGCCUUCGCCACGGGGAAAACUACAGCAGUUUGUGCAUCAAGCCCACGGACAACGAGGAAGGCUUCGCCAGGCCCGUUUUUGAGUGCAACACCAUGUGCCGCUGUGGCGAAUCCUGUCCCAACAGGGUUGUCCAGAGGGGAUUGCAGUUCAGGCUGGAGGUUUUCAAGACUGCAAAGAAAGGGCUGGGUCUUCGCACGCUGGAAUUCAUAGCUAAAGGAAGAUUUGUUUGUGAAUAUGCUGGGGAAGUUUUAGGUUUUAACGAGGCACGUAGAAGAAUUCAGGCCCAGACACCCAAGGACUCAAACUACAUUAUAGCAGUGAGGGAGCAUCUUCAUAAUGGUCAGAUAAUGGAGACUUUCAUUGACCCUACACACAUUGGUAAUGUAGGGAGGUUCCUGAAUCAUUCCUGCGAACCAAACCUAUUUAUGGUGCCAGUCCGAGUUGACUCAAUGGUGCCCAAACUGGCGCUCUUUGCGGCCACUGAUAUUUCUGCCGGAGAAGAACUUUCUUAUGAUUAUUCUGGAAGAUUCUGUAAUAUACCAGUAACUAGCAGAGUGCCAGCAACUUCAGAGGAAGGUAACAUACCAAAAAAGCCCUGCUACUGUGGUGCCCGCACGUGUACUUCCUUCUUGCCUUGGGACAGCUCCCUCUUUUCCACACCGGACGCUUGUUCAGAGAGCUCUUCAUAG